AUCAGUUGAAUAAUAUCUAUUUAAUUUCCGUGGCAAUAGCACCUGCUCUAUAAAACGUCUUGAAAAAAAAAUAAAGUUUUGAAAACUCUUGUGAGCAAGCAAUAUGGGGCUAGAAAAAUGGAUAGUUAAUAUAUUAUUUAUCUGGACCACAUUACAUCUAGCAAAUGGUGAUGCAUUGUCCUUAAAUGACCAAUUUUUCAAUGACGUUCGAAAGCUUAUCAAACGACGCCUGAAGGAGAAUCAACGAACUUCGGAACUGACGUCCGAAGAAGAACGAACAAAAAAUGUACCCACACCAAUUCUCGUAGAAAAUUGGCCCCAAGAGAAACAUUCUUUUGGACAAGUAACAGCAGUAUCCAUUGAUCCACAUGGUAAUCCAGUGAUUUUCCACCGCGGCGAUAGAUAUUGGGAUGCAAACACAUUCAAUGAUAGCAAUAUAUUUUACUUAAUCGAAUAUGGACCUAUUAAAGAGAAUACAAUCUAUGUAUUAGAUUCAAAAACCGGAGGCAUUCAGUUUGGAUGGGGUGCAUCAAUGUUUUACAUGCCACAUGGAUUGACCAUUGACACAUAUGGAAACUAUUGGAUAACAGAUGUUGCCAUGCAUCAAGUACUUAAGUACAAACCAUAUGAGGAAACACCACAGAUCGUUAUUGGAAAGCGAUUCAAGCCUGGUUCUUCAUUGAAUCACUUGUGUAAGCCAACCGAUGUUGCAGUUUCUACAACGGGAGAAUUUUUCGUUGCCGAUGGGUAUUGCAAUCAAAGAAUAUUAAAAUUCAAUGCUGCUGGACGUCUCCUGCGAACCAUACCACAACCUCCAGAAUUCAUGUCAUUGCAAGUUCCCCAUGGAAUAACCCUACUUGAACACUUGGACCUUCUAUGCAUCGCUGACAGAGAAAAUAUGCGCGUCGUUUGCCCAAAAGCUGGUUUACAAUCAUCAUUUGGUGAAGGACAACCCGCCGCCACGAUUCAAGAACCUGAUUUAGGUCGUGUUUUUGAUGUAGCUGCAUACGGAGAUAUUGUAUAUGCUGUCAACGGCCCCACAUCUAUGUUACCAGUGCGUGGAUUUACCAUUGAUCCUGGUUCUGAGACCAUCAUUGGGCAUUGGGGAGAAUUCAAAAACCCCCAUUCCUUAGCUGUUUGUCCAAAUGGAACAGCUCUAUACGUCACCGAAAUCGGCGAUAGCCCCGCCACCAAUAAGGUGUACAAGUUUAUUUUAGUUUAAAUUUCAAAGAAAAAAGCAAAACAGUAAUUUAAAUAACUCCAAAAUAGAACUCCUUUCAUAGCCCAUAUCAAAAGGAUAUAAUAUAUGUAUUAUUGCCGUUUUAUAUACUUAUACUAACUAACAUACAUACAUAAAAACAUGCAUGCAUAUUUCUGACUCUGCCUCUAUUCUUCAAAAUCACGCAUAGAUCCCACAGGUUCUUUUGUUAAUAAUCUCAAUUCAAAAUUAAAUUAAUGCAAACAACUUAUGUAAAGUCUCAGUUAAAUAAAUCUUUGCAGUUAAUCAUGCUUCCUGUGGUGUGUGUAAAUAAAUAAUUAUUUAACACAAUUAUUAUCUAUUAAGAAAAAGUAAAAAUAUAUUAUAUUUGAUGUUGAAAAAUACUGUCGUUAAUAAUUUUAAAAUAAACUGUCAAAAGUAAAAACGUA